AUGCUGCGGUCGAUCCUGCCCAUCCUUACUAUCCUGUCCAUUGCGAGGACUCAAGAGUACCGUCCAACGGAAGAAUGCCCUCUCCUGGGCCCAACCUUCUUUUCUGACUUCGACCUCACCACGACCGAUGCAUUCGCAGAAGCCCAGGCUUCCUUUCCAGACGUCAUCGAGGCCCUUUUCGACACCGGUAUCGUCAACAGCUCCACAUCCUCAUUUACCAUUGAUGUCUACUCGACCGUGACCAAUACCUCCGUCUACAACUAUUCGCAUCAAGCCACCGAGCCCGCAUUAGACGAGGAGUUCCCUGAAGGGGGUAUCAACGAUGAAACCAUCUUCCGGAUUGGCAGUGUGUCUAAGCUCCUGACUGUAUACGCGAUUCUCGUUCAAGCGGGAAGCCUGGAAGUCUUGACCCAUCCCAUAACCGACUACCUUCCAGAACUCGCCGGAAAUUCUCGCAACGAUCCGCUAAACAAAAUCGUGUGGGAGGAUGUGACGAUUGGUACACUAGCCUCACAUAUGGCUGGUUCGGCUCAAUUUCCACUGACUCACCUCGCAUGUCUGACUCCUGAGGAUCCCGGUUGCACCACGGCCGAAUUUCUAGAAUACAUGAAAGAGAUCAGAGUACCAUCUCAGCCAGUUCACCAGUCUUCGCUCUAUUCCGAUGGAGGUUUCGGCGUCCUUGGCCGUGCGCUGGAGCGAAUGACGGGACAAAACUAUAGCGAAGCUAUUCAGAGCGUGCUUGGUGAAUCCCUUGGGCUCAACUCAACCACCACGUUCAUGCCUGAGGGAGACGACGUCAAUGCGCUUGUGAUCCCUGGGGAUCCCUCCGUUUCUUCUUGGGGAUUCGAUAAUCAAUUCACCGCCCCAUCUGGCGGCAUCUACUCAACAAAUGCCGACUUACGUGUGAUUGGGAUGUCGAUUCUGAAUUCACAAAUCCUUUCGCCCGCAGAUACCCGGGCGUGGCUCAAGCCUCAUGCCCAUACCUCAUCACUGACCAGCAGCGUCGGUGCACCCUGGGAGAUUAGCCGGCUAACUCUGUCUGUGUCGACCAACUCAACUCGGAGGCGGGUGUCUGAUCUAUACACCAAGGCUGGAGGCCAAGCAGGAUACACGUCGGUCUUUGCAUUAUCGCCGGACCACAAGCUAGGUUACUCGGUGCAGGUGGCAGGGCCUGGGGCUGGAGUCGACCGGUGGACGAUCCGGGCGGCGGUCGGGGAGACGUUUGUAGUCGCGGCCGAACACGCCGCUUUCGAGCAUGCAGAAAGGCAUUUCCAGGGCACGUUUGCGGACGGGUCUGGCUCAGACACCAACCUAACGUUCACCGUCGAGGAUGAUCACCCUGGUCUUGGGUUGUCAGAGUUCUUCAUCAACGGCACCGACGCAAUGCUGAACCUGACCUUCCCUGGCCUGACCGCAUUGCCUGAGGGCCUAGAGCAAACGGUUCGCCUGUACCCGACUGGGCUUGAGGAAAUCCUAAGCGACGGUGGCAAGAGGCUGAAAUACCGUGCCGUCAACCAGAUCAUUCCUCUGACCCCUCGUGCUUUGGUCGAGGGUGGCCAGAGUUUGUUCGACGAUGGGUGCGCCACUUGGGUCUCGACUUCAUUCUUCCAAUCACCCACGGGUCAAUUCUACGACGAGUUCCAGCUCGACGUUGAUUCGGACGGAGUCCUGGUCGCUGUCACAUACCCGGUGGCCGGAAUCACUCUGGAAAAGUCAGAUGAAGAGUAAUGGAAGUUACGUGUUUAUGUAUAUCGGCAUAGUGUAGUUGAGUCGUUGAACAGUUAUGGCUUGGCAUCUGCAUAAGCGGAGC